AUGAGGACACAGGUGCGGUGUACUGGGGAACGGAGCGGGUGUAGCCGAUGCAGCAAUCUGCAGAGCGAGUGUAUCUAUGCAAUCUCGCGGGUUGGAAAGGUCCCAGGAAUUCGCGCGCGCGGGAACAGGGCGUCUACCCAGACCAUCCAUGACGCUGGGCUGCGUUCGGAGAGCCCUAGUGAUACUCAUCAUCGCCUCCCGAACUCCCGGAAGCCAGAGGAAACUGGGGAUCAGGACAUGCGAGACACUCGGCGGCCUGAAGUGGAGACUCCGCAUCAUUCAAGGUCGGAUCGAAUCCCGGAGGCUGGCCCCGAACUUCUCUCGCCCCCGUCGACGGGGCUGUAUGCUGAUUUAUGUGAUGCCAACACUGAUAAGCCUGCUGAUGCCUUUGAGUGUGCGGACCUGUUUAUCCUCCCCAGCCAACUGCUGGCAUCUGACCAUGAACCGCAUCAAUCUCUUCAACAUCUCAAUCAUGGUAGUCAAAGGCAGUCGACCUUAGACUCUUUCCACAAAACGACCCCGCCAGCCUCGAUUCCCGCUCUACCAGACCUCGACCUUCAUACUCACGACUUGCACCAGAUGGAUCUUCCGCUGAGCUCUCUCGAUAAUUGUUCCACCGGACGUCGCGCAGUAGGCUCGCCCUCUUACAUGCAUCACUCCACCCUAGGCUUUCCAGCAUCAACCUCCUAUGCCGAGCCCGUCGCCCAGUUGGCGUUCGAGAGCGACUGCGGCCGUGGUCAUAGUUACCAGAGUCGAACAAUACUGACGUGCAAUCGCCUCGUGGAAUUCCUAGAGCACCGCAUCCAGCGCGGAGUCGUCGCGCUGGACGUCGUCAUGCACACCAACAAGAUGACGCUGGGCGAGAUCUCGCGAAUGUUGGGCCAAGGGGCGCACAGGGAGCAGCUCAAUUGCGCGAUGCUGCUGCUCAUUGCCGUCGAACAGAUCGUGACUCUGUUCGAGCGCAGUGUGCGGCAGGGCUGGGCUGCCGACCGCGGAAGUGGCGAGAUCGGGGCCCGAGAGCUCGAGGAGGCGAUGCCGGGGACCGGUGCUGACGGCGGCAAUAUGCUGCCGCAUCUCCGAUUUGGGCUGUUCCAAAUCAGCCAGGACGAGCAGCGGGCGCUUCGAUCGUAUUUACUGCAGCGCGAGCUGCAGAGGUGUCAGUAG